CUACACCAUCUGGCAACACUGACAUGCAAAAAGUGCGCAAUUUGCUUAAACAUUCUGAUCCGGGGUCUACGAACAUGCCACCGAAACGGACCAAAAAAGCUGAGGCGCCAGUCGCUGAGCGGGAUGCAGCCGAAGAGUUGGAUCCCAAUAAGCCGGCGCUAUACAUAGAGCACUGCCGAUCCUGACGAGUCUUUCGUCGUCGAGCGGAGGAGCUGCACUCCGCUCUGCAGGAGCGUGGGCUCCAACACCUUCAGCUCCAGCUGAAUGCACUUGGAGCACCUCGGCGAGGAGCCUUCGAGUUGAGCUUAUGCGCCGGAAUGGGGAAACAGGAGCAGGUUGCACUUUGGUCGGGUCUAAAGCGCGGUCCACCACGCGCCCUAAAGUUUCCCACUGUGGAGGAGGUAUACGAUCGAAUUGUAGGGAUUCUGGGUGACCAGCAGGUGUCCAAGGAUCUGACCAACACGCAGAAGCCGCCUAAAGUGGAUGUACCGCAGCCUGAGACUUUCACAUCCCCAAAAAAUCCGGAGUCCAAGAACGUGUCCACAGAGGAACCACAGGGGAAUGAGGUACCUUUAACUUCGAGUAAAUCCAAAAGGAAGCAAAAAUCGGAGGAAGAGCCACCUCAAGUCGAUUCAAAAAAAGCAACGCAAUCCAAUGAGUUGCCCAAAACGAAAUCCCAAGAAGAAAUCGCUGAAGAGAAGCCCCAAUCCAGCCAUAAACGGAAACGGACCACCAGGUCCUCCACAGACAAAGCUACUGUCACUGCCAAGCGGAGGAAGUAGUUGUUCCCAAAACAAACCUUUCUACAAUAGAGCCCCAUGAUCGAUGAUUGGCAAAUCCUCUCGAGGAACCAAUUAUUGAGAACCUUUUUGCCUUUGUUGAUUGUAUAAUUUUUGGGUUAAACUACAAGAAAAACACUAAAGCAUUGUUAUUACAAAAUAUAUUAAAACAUCUUAGAAACCUA